AUGGCAGCAACCAGUUUUAGAGAUGAGCCUCUAGGAAAAUGUGCAGCUGGUAACUGGAUCCUCACAGCCAAGGAGAGCAGGGACCCAUCCGAAGUUGGCUACAAGAAGACUCCUUGCCUGAACACCCGAGGAGCUGUGAGGAAAACCUGUGAUUGGUCUGAAGACAUGGCAGCAAGCAUGGAACCUGAUGGUGUUGAUGUGGCAGGACACAUUGCUGAAGAACUCACUGAUUAUCUCACGGACACACUCUGCAGAGAGGAUCUGAAGGGCCUGAUAACUGAAGAUGGAGCCUGGGAGGCAUUUGUGGAGGCAGCAGGGUUGUCAAGUGAGCAGGAAGAUGCACUGCAUGAUGUGCUGAGUGAGCGACUAGCACAGGAACCCACAGAUGAAGAUGAUGAAACUCAAAGGGAGCUGCAGAAAAAGAGGUUUUUGCAACAAUUUCCUGAGUUGAAAAUCAAACUUGAAGGACACAUCAGGAAGCUCCGAGAACUGGCUGACCAUAUUGACCAGGUGCACAAGGACUGCACCAUCUCCAAUGUGGUGGCAGGCUCCACCAGCACUGCCUCUGGAGUUCUGAGCAUCCUUGGUUUAGUUCUGGCACCCUUUACAGGGGGGAGCAGUCUGAUGCUCACAGCAACUACGUUGGGGUUGGGAGCAGCAGCAGCUAUAACUAGUGCCACCACCACCAUUGUGGAAGAAUCACACAGAGUGUCAGAUGAGGCUGAAGCUGACCAGCUGGUUAAAGCCAGCAUGGACACACUAUGUGAUAUGAUAGGGAUCAUACCUAAGAUCAGUGUCAAACUUUACACUUCGGGUAGGGCUGUAGCCAAAGUAGGCAAAUUCAUCAGGCAUCAGUUACGGGCCUUCAAGAUGGCCCGAGGCAGUUUUCGCUUUGGCUCUGCCCCCACAAGGGUCAGAGUUGCGAGCGUAGGCUUUGCCGGUGUCAUGCUUGGAUUGGAUGUGUAUCACCUUGUGACUGACUCAAUGGAUUUGUACAAUGGGGCAACAACAGAGUCAGCUAGAGCGCUGCAGGACCUGGCUCAGAAGCUAGAGGAGAAGUUGCAGGAAUUUGAGCAGAUCCACAAGGCUCUGCAGUCUGACCUGCCUCAGUGA